UAAAAAUCUCAUCUUUACACAAAACCCCCUCUCUUUUUUUUUUCUAACCCUCCACCACCUAUUUCCUUCAUUUUUAGGGUUCCGAUAUCAAAGCUACAAAAGUCUCCAUUUCAGGUAAAAUGAUUCGAGUUGUUUCCGGUUACGGUCUCGUAAGACAACUAUACGGUUCGUGUUCGCCGAUCACACCACUUUUAUCACACCAUUAUUCCACCACUAGUAACUCGAAAACCGUCUACACUGGCUCCGAAAUACUCAACUAUAUGGGCGGUAUAGAUGGUGAUAAGAAACAGUUAGUCCACAAACUAGUCAAUUUUAGAAUGAAACAGGGCAAAAAGACACGAGUUCGUGCUAUUUUUAAUGAAACGCUUCAUCGUUUAGCUAAGACUGACCGCGAUGGGGUUCAGAUUAUAUCCGAUGCGUUAGAGAAUGUGAAACCGAUUUGUGAAGUGGCUAGAGUGAGAAUUGCUGGGAAUGUAUAUGAUGUUCCUGGAGUUGUGGCUAAGGAUCGUCAGCAGACAUUGGCUGUUCGUUGGAUUCUCGAUGCGGCUAAAAAAAGACGGACUAAUCAUAGCUCAGGAUUGGAUGAGUGUUUGUUUGCUGAGAUAAUGGAUGCGUAUAGGAAGAGGGGAACUGCUCGUAAGAAAAGGGAGAAUCUUCACGAUCUUGCUGCCAACAAUAGGAGUUAUGCACAUUUUCGAUGGUGGUAAUACGGAGCUACGACAGGGCUGGUUUUUCGUUCUAUCGGAUUAUCGAGUUUUCUUUAUCACUUAUUGUUGCUCAGUACUAUAUUUUGGACUGGUGAAGAUUGAGGAUGCCAGGAAACUCCAAUCCCAAUUCCAUGAAUAAAUGAAUUUUGUUUACUGAACCACUGCUAGUAAGGAUGUUGCUAUUUUUUUAGCUCAAAAUUUGCACCUGAACGGUUGAACCAACCAUUUUACAUCUUUUAUAAAUUUCAUACCCUCUUGUGUGUUUAGCAUUCCAUAUCUAUGCGGAUUUGUACGAUGAUUUUAUACGAAUCCUUGUGGCAUAAAUUUUAGUUUUUCAUAUGCAAACGUAACUUUGAUUA